AUGCCGUGCGUGCGGGCAGGAGGCGAGCCCGCGGUUGGUGGUGUGAGGGCCAACCGGCGCCGGCCCAAGCAGAAGCAAUCGACCCAUGCCCGAGGGGCCUGGCAUGGCUGGCAUGCUGCUUUGGGAUCGUGGUGGUGGAGAAGGGGGCGUUGGGAAAAGAGGGCCCAAGCAGCUGCACGUCCGGCGUUUGAUACUCUUCUGGUCACCUGCGACAAUUGGCCCACGACGCCUCCUAAUCUCGAGAUAAGCUCCGAGCAGCUGCCACCACGGCCGUGGUCCUAA